ACAAAUUCUACAUAGCGACUAAAAACAAGCAUAAGAAAACUUUGGACAUUUAAUGGACGGGGAAUAUUAGGAGAAAGGACGUCGUAAAGCUUAUGAAGGAGUUUCGGGCAGGAAAACAAAAUAUGAGCGACCGAUCCUUCGUCAAGACCACAGUCACAUAUGGAUACAUCUCCAUUACAUACAUAUAAAGUUACAAACAUACAAACAGUGAGCUUAAAAUAGUAACAUACCAACUAAAUUAAUGCAUACAAACCUCGUCAACAUAGGCACAAACGAUAGUAACAUAGUUUAAUAAAUGAAGGCUUAGGCAAUGAGACCUCAUCCUCAUUCAAACAAAUAAGUAGGUACCUUACAAUUAGAUCCUGAAUCUAAGUAGCAUUCGAAUGCCCAAUCAAACAAAGUAAACUAACUAAAAUCCAGUAGUAAAAUCUUUAAGCUAAAAUGUAAUACUUAAACUUAUCUUAGUUUUAUGCCAAAUUGUAAUAUUUUUUGAAAGGCCUUAAAGGUCUUGAAUUCAUGGCCGUAAAAUAAAUUAAAAAAAAAAAGCAGUAAAAUCAAAUUAUCAAAACAUCGUGUUUUGACGUUGACGUGAGACUAUUGAUUUAUUUUAUACGUAUUUGUGAGCUUACUGCGCUGUAAACUCAAUUUUUUAGGUACUCAUUUAAAAUGGAAAACUAUUUCAAAGGCAAAAAUGUUGAAGAAGAAUUGGAAAGAAGUAAAAUACCUAUCCAAGAUAUACCUGAUAAUUUCCUUUGGAUGCAAGUUAAAGGCGGCAGUAAGAUGAAUAAUUUAUUAAAUCAUGUUGAGGGUAUACUUCAAGAUAAGGCAGCGUCGGCUGUAGUAUGGAGUGGAGCAGGUGUUGCCAUUCCUAAGGCUAUAUCUUGUGCAGAAAUUAUAAAGAGACAGUUUACUAUUCAAUAUCAAGUGACAAAACUUACAUUUAAAAGUGUUGAAGAAUAUUGGGAGCCAAAAGUAGAUGGACUUGAAACUAUUGUCGUAAAACGGCAAAUACCAGUCAUUCACAUACUACUGUCAACUGAAGAAAUAUCACAUACUAACCAGCUUGGGUACCAAAGUUCACACAAGAAAAAAUUUUGGGAAAAAGAGUCAAAUAGCAACAACUCUAAACAACCAUCAAAUAAAGUAAAAAAACCAUUUAAACAAAAGAAAGCUCCAAUACAGGCGUAAUUAAUUUGUA